AUGAGGAUACCAUUUUGUCUAGCUUUUCUUCUAUACUUGUGUAAGGAAUCACUUGCCUCUUUCAUUCCCAUAGAUAAUUAUUUAGUUGCAUGUGGUUCUUCCGACAAACUCACCUUUCAGGAUCGAACUUUCAUUCCUGACUCUGAACAUGCCAACGUAGAAAUAAAAGCCAUGAAAUCUGUGGCACUUACCACUAAACAUGGUGUCCCUUCUCCAUUGUAUCAGUCAGCUCGAGUCUUCUCAGAACAGUCAUCAUAUAAAUUCAAAAUUGAACAACAAGGGAGGCAUUGGAUCCGCCUUUAUUUUCACCCUUUUCCUCAUUCAAACCCCAACAUGGCCUUUGCCUCAAUAACAGUAGUCACUGAUAAUAGUUUUGUGCUUCUCAAUAAUUUCAUAUUCCAAGACAACAAGGACUCUUACUUGUUCAAGGAAUAUGUAAUCAUUGUAACAUCAAAUGAGUUGUUACUCACAUUCAUCCCUCACCACAAUUCAAUUGUGUUUGUUAAUGCUGUUGAAGUUGUCUCUAUGCCAGAUUUGCUCUUUCCUCAACUUCUAAACCCACCAGUACCUUCAAAUUUUGCCCUUGAAACUGUCUACCGGUUGAAUAUUGGUGGUGCAUCCAUUGCUUCUCAUGAUGACAUCCUUAGUAGGACUUGGGAGAAUGAUGAAAUCUACUUUCACUCUGCAAGUACUGCUGUUAAUAUUUCAACAAACACUUCAUCUAUAAAGCCUAUGGAUUUUUUACCAAUUACAGCACCACCAUUGGUUUAUGCUAGUGCCAAAGCCUGGGGAGAUGAUGCUACAUCGGGGUCCAGAUUAAGCUGGAAUUUCUCUGUAAGUCCUGAUUUUAUAUAUUUUGUUCGGAUUCAUUUCUGUAACAUAAUUAGCAACGUUUCCAACUCUCUUCAUUUGGACCUAUUUAUAAAUGAAGGCAUUACACUAAAAAGCCUUGUCCUGUCUUUUCUCACUGGUGACCUUGCUGAGCCAUAUUUCAAGGGUUUUGUCACCAACGGCAAAGGAAAUAGUUUGACAGUAAGUGUUAGUCCUGACAUGAUGACCGAUUCCACAAAUGCAACCAUGAAUGGGUUGGAGAUAUUGAAGAUCAGCAACGAUUUCGGUAGCUUAGAUGGGUUUUCCUCUGUUGACGAUAUUCUUACCAAAUCUUCAAAAAUAAGUACAAAAUUAAAAGUCAUUAUAAUUGGUUGCACUGUUAGUGUUUUUAUGUUUCUAGCAUUUCUUGGGCUGUCACUUUGUUACUUAAUAGCUCGCAGGAGAGAAAAAAAAUCAGAAAUCACUUUCAAAUUUCCAAAACGUUUUACUUUACAAGCAAUCAAGCAAGCCACCAAUGAUUUUGACCAGAGCCUGCUGAUUGGAGAAGGAGGAUUUGGCAAGGUGUAUCAAGGAACACUAGAAAAUGGGGAAACUGUAGCAAUCAAAGUAGCAAAUCAUGAAUCCAAACAAGGUCUCAAUGAGUUCCAUAAUGAGAUAGAAUUGUUAUCUGGACUUGGCCAUCCAAACCUUGUAUCUCUUAUAGGAUGCUGUACUGAAAAUUCAGAACUGAUUCUGGUAUACAAAUACAUGGCAAAAGGAUCUUUCAGUAGUCAUCUUUAUGGGACAGACUUUGUUCCUCUAUCAUGGAAGCAACGUCUUGGGAUAUGCAUUGGGGCUGCAAAGGGACUUUGCUAUCUUCACUUUGGAGCUAAACAUAGCAUAAUUCAUCGUGAUGUGAAGACAGCAAACAUUCUCUUGGAUGAAAAUCUUGUGGCAAAAGUUGCUGAUUUUGGGAUCUCAAAAAAGGGUCGUCUUGAUAAAAGCCAUGUGACAACCAAUGUAAAGGGUAGUUUUGGAUACCUUGAUCCUGAUUAUUUUAGGACCAAGUGUCUCACUGAGAAAUCAGAUGUUUAUUCAUUUGGGGCAGUGUUGAUUGAAGUUAUCUGCGGCAAGCCUGCUUUAGAUGAUGCGCGUCCAACACAGCAUGUUAAUUUGGCAAUUUGGGCAUUAAAUUGCCAUGAAAAUGGCACCUUUCAUGAAAUGAUGGACCCAUAUUUGAUUGGUAAAGUGAAUAUGGAUUCUUUAACUAAGGUUUCUGAGUUGGCUUGGAAGUGCUUGCACGAUAGUCGGGUGAAAAGGCCUCCAAUGGCGUACGUAUUGUGUCAACUUGAAGAGGCUCUUCAUCUUGAGUUGUCAUCACCACUUUGUAAUGGAAGUGCAGAUUCUGUCUCCCAUGCCCAUUUAGAAAAUGGAUUCGCAAAUGGUAUAGAAGAUGUUGCUUAAAACCAUGCUCUCUUGAUUCAACAACUCCAUUGUAGAAAGCUGCUUAAAUCAAAUAAGAAAAUGUUGACUGCAAUGCUUUUUAGGAUUG